CCCGAAACGUCACCAGCCAAUUUGCCCAACCCCCCCCGAAAGCCGCCGUCUUUUCGUGCCUAGCGUCUCCGACGCAAAUGCUGCCGUAGUCGCAGGCCUGAAGCACCUUUGCUCGGGACGCUGCCGUCAAAAAGUCUGAUUUUUUGACUCCUGCCGCUGCCGCCGCCGUAAGAGGAGCAGAUCCCUGUCGCCCUCUCCCUCAACACCACCGCCGCGCCACCGUCUUGCACAAAAAAAGCCCUCUCCGGGCCCAGUGUCCUGCAGCCUGCUGCGUGGCUCACCCUCGCCCCGUCGCUAAAUGCGGUCCAUGGCAAUGGUCUCUCAUACCCAGGCGGUCCCGACUAUUACACCGCCGAGCAGCUCGCAUGGCGAUCGCAGCUCCUGGGAUUAUGCCGUUCCCUUGAACCACGAGAACGCCUUCUAUGACCCAAAAGCAUACAUGUCGCACGAUGUGUCCAAGGCCUACUCCCGUCAACCUGUCUCGUACCAGCAGGCCAACGGCGUCCCCCGUCACGCCCAGCGCCGCAACGACACCAUGGACUCGUUUCGCUCCAACAAGUCCGCCCACGCCACUGACGCCUACUUGAUGCCCCGCAAGGGCGACUCCCUGGGCAGGAAACAAAGCAGCCAAAGCGAGGCCGACAGCUUGCUGGAGCUGUACAAGCAGAACAGCCGCCAGGCCUCACCCAACAUCCGGAACGAGCCGUGGGAGUACGAGCAGCCGCAGGAGACGGAAGAGGUGGAGAGGCAGGAUGGCUACUGGAUACAUCGCGACAAGCUUGCUCAGAUCGAGAGGACUGAGCUGGAAGAGGCUGGCUUCCUUCCGCGCGCAAACAGUUCAGAGAGCAGGUCUAGCAGCAGGUCUAGAGUUGCUGGGAGGAAGAGGGACACGUCGGCCAAGGGCGACAGCCGGCUCCACCAGGAGGAAAAGAAGAUGCGCAUGGUUUCACCCAUACCCGCAGAAGACGAGCCCGAGGACAAACACGAGCCGAUCGGCCUGCCUACACCAGAAGAGAUAGCGGCGGACCGCGAGAAGAACAACGCCCGCAGCCCUGCUCCUCGCCCCGGCACCUCAAGAAUUCCCCUUGCCAGAGCCAGCCCGGCGCCCAUACCCAACAAUUUCGUCGAGAGAGACGCGCCUUUGCCGCGGAGUCGCAGCAAUAGCGGCGCAUGGUCUAACGUCCCUGGAGAGGGCAUUGUUCUUCCGAAGCCGCGCAGGAGGGGUGGAAGUGUUGGUAGUCAGGUGUUACUGGACGAUGUGGAUUCCACGCGAUCGACAACAGGGAGCGAAGAAGAGCGUGGUCAGAAGAAAAAGACGACAACGACGACGAAGAAGUCAAAGCCUCCAAAGUCGGCCACGUCGGCGCCCACGUCCGUCAAAAGGCCCCAGAUGCCUGCCAAGGCUGCUACGACUACUGGAAGUAGGAAGGCAAGCACGAUGGCUCGCAAUGUGUCGCAGCCCAAGCCAAGGACGGCAUCAACUCCGCGGCCGCGCACAAGCGGUAAUGAUCGUCCAAAGAAUCCCAUCAAUCGUCCUGAGGGAGAGGCGCCAUGGCUUGCUACCAUGUUUAAGCCUGACCCGAGGUUGCCUCCGGAGAAGCAGUUGGUCCCCACGCAUGCCAAGCGGAUAGCCCAAGAACAAUGGGUGAAAGAAGGAAAUGACGGUACAAUCUAUGACCACGAGAAGAAGUUGUUGGAUGAGAAGGCGUGGCCUCCGAACUACCAACUUCAAGAAUCAGCGUCAGAGGAAGAAAAGCCGCAGCCAGAGGCUCAGCCGGAACCUCAACCAGAGUUUCAACUGCCGUCUCAGCCGGAGCCUCAACCAACACCUCAGCCGGAGCCUCAGUCGGAGCCUGAGCCGCCCCAGUCUCGUCAAGAACCCCAUCCUGAGCCCGAGCUCAAGCGGGAGAAGUCGAAGCGGUCUAUCCGUUCGUUCAAGCGGGCCAAGCCAGAAGGCAUGCCGCAAUCGCGUCGGUCCGAGUCGAACGAGCAUGGAGGCUACAAGACUAUGCCGUCCGUUAACAAGCCUGUGGCUCCGACUCCUCCGAUUGUCCCCAGUUCCACCACGACGAUCAGUGGUCCUCGCACUCCCAAGCCUGAUAGCUCUAGGAAGCCCGAUACUAUCAGGGUCCAAGACCCCGACGAGAAGGAGGAUUCGGACGGAGAAGAGCCCACUUCCCCCGUUGAGCAGCAGGAGGUCGAGGUCUCUGCCGAUGCCAGCAGCGGCCAGAUGUCCGUGCUUGACGCGCUCAAGGGCGUGCUCAAGCUGGCGCUGAUCCACGACGGGCUUGCGCGCGGCCUGCGCGAGGCCUCCAAGGCGCUGGACCGCCGCCAGGCGCACAUGUGCGUCCUCAACGAGGCGUGCGAGGAGGAGGCCUACAAGAAGCUCGUCGUUGCCCUCUGCUCCGAGCACAAGAUCCCCCUCAUCAAGGUCCCUGAUGGCAAGCAGCUCGGCGAGUGGGCUGGUCUUUGCCAGAUCGACCGCGAGGGCAACGCCCGCAAGGUCGUCAACUGCUCUUGCGUCGUCGUCAAGGACUGGGGUGAGGAGUCGCAGGAGCGCUCCAUCCUGCUCAACUACUUCCAGACCGAGCAGUAAGCGCGCCCAUCCUCUUCGGACUUUGCGCACGCCCGCCGUCUCUAUUUGUUAAAUCACACCCCCCCAACCUUUGCCUUCCCAAUCGCUGCUUUCGGUAGUAGUGGUUGAUUGAUGGAUUGGGGACGCGACGCGCGUGGCUUGGCGGGCCUGGCUUGGCUUGGUUUGGAUUUGGGCCGUCUUCGGAGCCUAUCUCCUCCCUUCCUGCUUGCUCUGUUAGUGGGCGGAGAAUCUCAAUCAUCAACGG